AUGUUGCUGGGCUACUGCCUGGUGCAGUGCUCCGCCCACGGCGACGGCACCUACGGAGGAUCUCCGCACACCGCUAUCCUCGGCGACGGCAGCAGCGGCAGCAGCUUCCGCUUCGAAAGCUCCAGCAGCAGCGGCGGGGGACGUCUAGGAGGAGGUCUGGUAGGAGGAGCUGGAGGAGGUCUGGGAGGAGGUGCGGGAGGAGGUGCGGGAGGAGCUGGCGGAGAGAGAUUCGAAGGAGGAGGUCGGCAAGAAGGAAGAAUCACGGUGACGAAGGAGACGAGGGCGACUGGAGGGCUCGGCGGCUCCUCAGAUGGAAGCUUCCAGUCUUUCAGAAGCAGCAGCAGUAGCAGUAGUGGCGGCGGGGUGGCAGGUGGAUCCAACGAUAGAGUCAGCCAGGCUAAUGCUGCCAUCACAGCUGGCGAGGGGUCAUCAGGUGAAAGUGUCGCCAGGCAAAGCGGAACUAGUGGAUUCAGCCAGGGAGGAUUUGACAGUGGAUUUGGACAAGGUGGAAUUGACAGUGGAUUCAGCCAGGGUGGAAUUGAAAGUGAAUUUGAACAGGGAGGAAUUGAAACUAGAUUCGGACAGGGAGGAAUUGACGGUGGAUUCAGCCAGGGUGGAAUUGACAGUGAAUUCGGACAGGGUGGAAUUGACAGUGGAUUCCGCCAGGGUGGAUUUGAAAGUAAAUUUAAACAGGGAGGAAUUGAAACUAGAUUCGGACAGGGAGGAAUUGACAGUGGAUUCAGCCAGGGUGGAAUUGACAGUGAAUUCGGACAGGGUGGAAUUGACAGUGGAUUCCGCCAGGGUGGAUUUGAAAGUGCUCUCGGCAUACUGCGCCUGUCGCGUGACCGUACGGCGGAAGGCUCGCACUGUGGAGCCGCUGAAGCUCAUGCACCCGUACCGUACUCUACAUUCUAUUUCUUCUCAGGCUUCGGAGGACACAAGUCGACGUCAACUCAACUUCGAAUACGUCAAGCGCGCGCUUCGGCUACGACAACUUCGGAACAGGGAGGAAUUGAAACUAGAUUCGGACAGGGAGGAAUUGAAACUAGAUUCGGACAGGGAGGAAUUGAAACUAGAUUCGGACAGGGAGGAAUUGACGGUGGAUUCAACCAGGGAAGAAUUGGCGGUGGAUUCAACCAGGGAGGAAUUGACGGUGGAUUCAAACAAGGAGGAAUUGAAACUAGAUUCGGCCAUGUAGAAGUCGGUCCUCUCCGCGCGACCUUCAAUAAAGCUGCGACAACCUCGAGCGACGGUGGCGCCGUGCAGGGUGAGGCGGAAAACAUUGGCCAGGCAGGAGCCGAGCGUGUCUCCGUAACCAGAACCACCCAUACCACAAGCGGUGCAGGCAACGUUAGAGGUUCCACUGGCAGGACUUCUCUGGGAGAGUCCACCGAAGGUUUCAACCAGGGAGAAAUCACUGUGGGUCAGCGUGGGUCUACUGGUGGUUUUGACCAAAGAGCAGCUGGUGGAGCUAUCGUCACCAGAACGCACACCACAGAGGAGAGCAACGUCCAGGAUGUUGGACAGAGACCACAGGUGGAGGCAACAUCCGUUCUACGGAAGGUGUCAGCCAGGGAGUAUCGACCGGAGGAUUUGGCCAAGAAGGAGGCGCUGGGACAACCACCACCAGAACCAGCACCACAGGUGGAGGCAACCUCAGAGUGUCUACCGGAGGUUUCAACCAGAGACCAUCAACAGGGGGAUUUGGCCAACAGGAAGGCGCGAGGACAACCGUCACCAGAACCAGUACCACAAGUGGAGGCAACCUCAGAGAGUCUACCGGAGGUUUCAACCAGAGACCAUCAACUGGAGGAUUUAGACAGGGAGGAACUGGAGCAACUACCAUCACGAAAUCGACUACCACAGGAGAAGGUAACAACGCCCAACGUACUACUGGUGGAUUCGGUCAGGGUGGUUUUACUGGAGGAUCAACCAUCACCAACACCAUACGCCUUAACAACGCCCAGCGUACUACUGGAGGAUUCGGUCAGGGUGGUUCUACUGAAAGAGCAACCACCACCAACACCGUACGCCUUAACAACGCCCAGCGUACUACUGGAGGAUUCGGUCAGGGUGGUUCUACUGAAGGAGCAACCACCACCAACACCGUACGCCUUAACAACGCCCAGCGUACUACUGGAGGAUUCGGUCAGGGUGGUUCUACUGAAGGAGCAACCACCACCAACACCGUACGCCUUAACAACGCCCAGCGUACUACUGGAGGAUUCGGUCAGGGUGGUUCUACUGAAGGAGCAACCACCACCAACACCGUACGCCUUAACAACGCCCAGCCUGAAGCUCAUGCACCACCCGUACCGUACUCUACAUUCCUAUUUCCUUUCUCAAGGCUUCGGAGGAGACAACAAAGUCGACGUCAACAACUUCGACAACGUCAACGCCCGCGCCUUCGGCUACGACAACUUCGGCAACAGGUACAUCAACGUCGAGGCUUUCGACUUCAACGGAUGGAGGAACGCCGCCCAAGCCGCCGCUCCCCGUGAAGCAAUCAACGCCGCACAGACCGAGCAGAUCGUUAUCGGCCGUCGAUUCCGUAGCGGCUACGCCCGUCAGACGGAGACCAGCGGCGCCUCCAGGGAGGGAAGCGGAAGCGGGACCUCCGGCAUCGAGUUGUCUGCCACCCGCACCGCCAGCCAGGACGCCACCCAGCAGUUCACGCAGGAGGCUAGCGGAGAAGGCAGCACCAGUCAGGGAGCCGCGUACGGAUUCGAGAGGAACAACAAGGGAGAGAUCCGCUUUGUUCCCGUCGCUGUGGAUUCCCUGCCGGUCCACUCCGGACCCCGCAGUCAGCUGCCGGCCAGCGCCCGCAACUAA